AUGCUAAGUUUACAACAAUUGACCGGUGGUGUACAUAGUGCUGUCACCAACAUGGCUCCUGGCUACUUGCCAAAAUGGUUAUUAUUUAUUUCCAUUGUGUCGGUAUUUAACUCUGUUCAAACAUACAUUUCUGGUCUUGAACUAACUCGUAGAGUCUACGAAAACAAACCUUCUGAGACAACAUCUCUGAGUGCUAGAACUUUCGGUACUUGGACCUUUGUCUCUUGUGUUAUCAGAUUCUAUGGUGCAUUGUACAUCACUGAACCCCACAUUUACCAAUUGACCUUUAUCUCCUACAUCAUUGCUUUGUUCCAUUUCGGUAGUGAAUUGUUGAUUUUCCGUACUUGUAAACUGGGCAAGGGUUUUAUGGGUCCAUUAAUCGUUGCUUCGACUUCUCUGAUCUGGAUGUAUAACCAAAAGGAGUACUACACUGGUUUACCAUGGUAA